CAGUUUGUUGCAAAGCGGAACUAUUGGUUUUGGGGUUUAUUUUCCGGGGAACGUCCGAGUCGAUCAUGGCGACUCUCGGCGGCAGUCGUGGGGAUCGUCUCGGCAACUCAAAUCAUCAAAAGUCUUCUCUUGCAUCUCCAGAGAAAGUUCGCGAACUUCUUAAUGAUGGAGUAUCAUCAACAAAUAUUGCGUCCAGCAGUGAACAAGGAGAUCUGCAAGCUCUGGAAUUAAAAGGCAACACUCAAGCACCUUGCGAGGCAACGAACAAAGAAGCCUUUUUCUCAAGAGUGGAAUCCUAUUCAUGUUUGAAAUGGGCAGGUAAACCCCGCAUAUUGUCCCCACUGAUGUGCGCUAGAUAUGGCUGGAUCAACGUUGGGUGUGAUAUGCUCAAGUGCUCCAGCUGCCAGGCUUUCCUUUGUGCAUCACUACAACCAACUUUAGACUUUGAAAAAUAUGAAUCCCGCAUUGCAGAGAUAUCAAGGCAGCUUCAGACGCAGCAUGAGAAGUUUUGUCCAUGGCCCGACUUUCCAUGCCCAGAGAGGUUCUGGCUGGUUCCAGCUUCUGAGCCAUCAGCACUACUCACUGCCUUCUUGGAGCGCUUCCAAAGCGCCUGCCUCCUUGCACAGCAGCUGCCAGCCAUGAAACCGGAGCAGCUGAAGUCUAUGUCACUGACUGAGGAUGUUGUCAGUGGUAUACUGCAGCUUAUUGAGGAAGAACAAAAAAGAAAGGGAGGGGCUCCAUGUUCUGAACCUUUGGCUGUCCAGGUGGCUGCAUGCAUUGUUUCGCUCUGUGGCUGGGCAGCAAGCCCAGCUCUGCACGCCAUGAACCUACCCAUCCUGACCUGCUCGUACUGUAUGCGUAAAGUGGGCUUGUGGAACUUCCACCAGAUGGAAGGAACAGGUGAUGCAGAUACCUUACCAAACACUGGUGGACCCUGUGCUCAAGCAGCAGGCCCUGCCUCAGUAGCCACACAUGAAUGCCAGAGUGAUCAGUCUGCUUCUGCCUCAUCCACUCCUGCUACAACUCCAUGUCGCAUGAAGUUGAGGAGCCAGGACUCCACCCGCACUGACCAGGGCGAGGGAACCUCCUCCCCUGUGGCUUUGCGUGCCCGAAGCAGAGACUCCCCAAGCCCCAGUGAAGAGCUGCCAAGUCCUUUGACCAGGGGCAAAAGGACCGCAAAUCGCAGUAGAGGACAAGGGGAAAACUCUGGGGGCGACGGCGCUGCCACUCUGCAACACCCUCCUAAACGCCUUUGCCUGUCAUCACUUGGUGGUCCUGAUGAGCUCCUUCAUAAGAAUGCAUUUGACCCCCUCGCUCAGCACAGAGACUGGUGUCCCUGGAUCUCUGUGGGAAAGGAAAAUGUAGAUCCAGGGGCAGUUCCCCUUUCGGACAGAGAUGCGGGUCUUCAUCAGCAGGGCUGGAAGGUUGCCCUUGACCUCCUUGUGCCAAUUAAGAACUCUAAUACAGCAGGAAGCAGUCCAGCACAGGGUGCUCGUGACAAAUCUAAAAGGGUGUUUGCUAUAUUCCGUCAGUGGCAGGUAUCUUCCUCUCCAUCUCAGUAGACUGUUUCCAUCCAAACAGCAUUGCAACACGGAGUCGAUGACCUGCCCUGCCUUCUUUUUGUGGUACUGAAUCUGUAGUACCAAUGACAGGAGUGUCAUAUCAUAUCAAUAUAUGCCAUCCCGUGAAGUUGUGUUUACAUUCAAAGUGUUUCUUGAGGGAAUGGAAGUUGAUUGUGUUUUCAGUCAAAUGAAUAAGUGUCUUCUCUGUGAACAGCAAAAUAUGUGAAGGAUGCCUGUGUGGUAUUAAAUUGAAUUCUGUGUUACGAAUAUUGGGAUGUGCAGGCCUGUAUAGGCCUUGUAUCAUGUGUAUUCUUAAGUAGAUAUCAAGUAAUAGAACACAUCUCUGCAUAUAAAUUGGCCACAGACGAGACAUCUACAGCUAACCUCAUAUGAAGUUUGCUUCGGUAGUUCUUCAUGACUUUGUGACAUUGUUAUGGUCCAGAUUUCUGUAGAGUAAAAGAGACAAGAAGUCCCUGAUUGUGAGAAAGGGCCAAAUUGCUUGACACUGGAAAGGCAAUGUUUACCUUCAAUGUAUAUGGAGUCAUUUGAGGUAGUGGUAAAAAUUAACCUCAGAUUAGCAAAAAAAAAAAAAAAAAGAACAAAAAAAAACAAAACUGUGAGGAAGUCAUUUUUGUGUGUGUACAUUUUUGUGUGUGGACAUGAGUUCUUUUUGAAAAGAACAAUCCUUUUGGUAGUGAAAUUUUUUUGCAGUUGAUCAGUGCUAAAAUCCAGGCAGGUAGAACAAUGUGCCAAGAAUUUCAAACCUGUUCUGAAUUAGAUUCAGGAUGCCUGUACUUCCUACCUUGCCUACCUGUGACAUCCUCUCAACACUGCAUGUGAUUUAUUUCCAUAGAAUUUCCUAAAAGUGUUUAAUAAAAUGCUCUUCUGAAA